AUGGAUUUCAUUCCUGCAAAAAACCAGAACUCCCAUGCACAAGGUUUCCAAAGUCACUUUUCGAUAAAUCCUUACAGGAAUCGUGUUCCUCUUAAUGGUGCUAAUAAUUACACUACUAAUGUACACAUUCCAAGUGCAAAUGAGAAGAAGUCUGGUAGGCCUAAGUCUAGAAUAUGGAAUUUUCUCAAUUCUGAUCCUAUGGAACCAAUAUCUAGAGGUCCUAGAUUUAAUCCUCAGAAAAAUCCGUCUGAUGGAUACUCAAAGAGGUUUAUGUCUUAUUUCUAUGGAAUAAGAAAUAACAAAAGAAAGAAAAGUACCCAUUACAAUGAGAUGUUAGAUCUGUUCAAGAGAGUCAACAUCAACAUUCCUUUUCUUGAAGCAAUCAAGCAAAUCCCUGCUUAUGCCAAAUUCCUCAAAGACUUGUGCACUCAAAAGCGCAAGCUCAAUGUGCAAAAACGUGCUUUCUUAGCUGAGCAGGUGAGUUCCAUCAUUCUGAACAAAACUCCACCCAAGUUUAGGGAUCCAGGAUGUCCAACAAUUUCUUGCACUAUAGGAGAACACACGGUCAAUAAAGCGUUAUUAGACCUAGGUGCAAGUGUUAACCUACUGCCAUAUUCUGUUUAUGAGCAGUUAGGUCUUGGGGAGAUGCCCUCACGUUGGUCGAGACAAGACCGCUCUAAAUUCCUGGCUGAAGUCAAACAUUUCCUCUGGGAUGACCCAUAUUUGUUUAAGUACUGUCCAGACCAAAUCAUUAGGAGAUGUGUCCCCAACACUGAAGCUUGUGAACGCUGUCAAAAGCUAGGAAGCAUUUCGAGGAGAAACAUGAUGCCAUUGAACCCCAUUUUGAUUGUGGAGAUUUUUGAUGUUUGGGGGAUAGACUUCAUGGGUCCAUUUCCCAUGUCUGACAGCAAGUUGUACAUCCUAGUCGCAGUUGAUUACGUUUCUAAGUGGGUAGAAGCCAUAGCAACCAGAACAAAUGACCACAAGGUGGUACUUUCAUUUCUAAAGGAGAACAUAUUUGCACGUUUUGGUACCCCUAGAGCUAUCAUCAGUGACGGUGGCUCACAUUUCUGCAAUAGGCACUUCGAGUCUUUAGUACGCAAGUAUGGAAUAACUCACAAGGUUGCUACUCCGUACCACCCUCAGACGAGUGGACAAGUAGAAGUUUCUAAUAGGGAAAUUAAGCACAUUCUCGAGAAGACAGUUAACCCGUCUAGGAAAGAUUGGUCAUUAAGAUUGAAUGAUGCUUUGUGGGCCUAUAGAACAGCUUAUAAGACACCAAUUGGCAUGUCCCCCUAUCGUCUAGUGUAUGGAAAGCCGUGCCAUCUACCUGUGGAAUUAGAACAUCGUGCUUAUUGGGCAAUCAAGCAACUGAACUUUUCUCUGGACGAAGCUGGAAUUCAAAGGAAACUUCAACUCAACGAGUUGGAAGAAUUGAGAAAUGAGGCUUAUGACAGUGCCAGGUUAUAUAAGCAGAAGAUGAAGUUGUUUCAUGACAAGCGUAUUCUACGCAAAUCCUUCACUCCUGGUCAGAAAGUCUUGCUGUAUGACUCCCGAUUACAUCUCUUUCCAGGAAAACUGCGUUCCAGAUGGAAGGGUCCGUUCCUAGUACGCACAGUUUACCCUCAUGGAGCUGUAGAGCUGGAGGAUGUUUCCAACAAGAACGUUGGUCUCAUCAGCGUGGACGCCUUUACCAAACUUGCACAUAGUCAGAAAACGGCAUCUCUUGAGGCGGAGGGUGCCAACGCCGAGCUUACCCAUGGUGAAGGGGAAUCCGAGAAGGAAGAAAGUUCGGAGUCCAGUGACGACGAGAAUAGUUCUUCUGACAACAGCGUUGCAUCUUCCCCCAGUGAGUCCGAAGGUGAAUCAGAGGAAACCGGUCCCGACGAUGGCCUUGAAGUAGAGACUCGCCAUGGUGAAGAUGUGGUUAUACCUCCAAUUGCGGAAACCGCGCCUGCUGGCGAUUUGGACAUUGAAGUUGAUCAUCCUGAAGAUGCUGCCGCGACCCAAGUGGUGGAGAGUGAUGUGUUUUCAAAGUUGUUGUAG